GCACACACAUUCGUAGAGCAUAUGCUUUCAAAUACCAAACAAAAUCACCCGGUUUAUGACGAAAUAGAUUGUUUAUCAUCAUUCAGCAAUCAGUUUUAUAUCUGAUUUAACCACAAUUCUGUAGAUAUUCGUCGAUUUAAAAAAAGAAUAAUUCUUCACCUAAUCGAAUCGAAACCAGUACAAUAAUUCAAAGCACCAAAAAAGUCGAAUCAGCGAAAUUUGUAUUAGAAAAAUAAAACAUUCUCGUGCAAUGGUGAAAUUAUUGGCAUUCCUGUGAGCCGCACCAGUUGAUUUCAUUUGGUCAGUAAAGUUUAUAGCGCAAACAAGUCAACUGGCUCAAGCUACGACGAGUCAAAUAUUCGUGAGAUUUUUUUUUACGUUAAUUCUUCGUAAGAUUAAAACAGACACACUGGAAGAUCAAAGAUAAUAUUUACCAACAACCUGAGAGUAUUUUCAAGAUUGAAAGAGAAGAAAAAUGGAAAAUAAACCAAACUACGACAUUGUUCUGAGUCAAGAAACCGUGGACAAGAUUGUUUCGUACAAAAAUGAUCUGUUUGCCAACGAAUUGAAGCCGGGAUUUUAUUUGAAACAAAUUUUGGACACGAAUAAAUCACCUCUCAAUGAAAUAUCUAUUGAACGAUUUGUGGAAUGUUUGUUGUUGACCAAGAAACCGAUCAUUUUUGCAACGCAUGGGAUCAAAGGAGGCGGUGUGGAUUGGAAUGACAUGGAAUUCCAGAUAUUGGGUGAUAUCAACAUUGCGAUGAAUGUGACAAUUUACGACAACGGCGUUUGGGUGCCGAAAAAUUCAAGUUUCCGUGUACACAAUCCACCGUUGAAUGGAGCGUUAUUAUUUACACCUGGUCCAGUGCUUCGAUCCAAAAAGAAGGCUGCAAUGAACCCAGAUAUGAAAGAGGUCAUUUCUAGAAAUGCCAUUGAUCAAUACAAUUACAAUCGACUGAUGGAGAGACGGCUCAUGCCACUUUUUUAUUACGCCAACGAGAAUGCAAAACAGGAUAACCAACAGGCAUUUAUUACGAUUCCGGGCAUUGGAUGUGGAGUGUUUGCGGGACAUUUUCGCGGCAAAAUGGCCGAACAUUUGAAUCAAGCAUUGCAAUACAUUUUGAAGAAGCACGCAAAACACUACGACAAUAUCGCUUGCAUCUAUUUCGAUUCGUUUGACGAAUGCACAAAUGAAACGCAUCAAAUUGACGGUGUGAGCUAUCGCGUACGGCCGACGUCUCAAAACCCGAAUAAACCACAAUUAUGCGAUCCAAAGCAUUACGAAGAGCCUGGUGACGAUUUUUCCAACUGCAAACUACAUAAAGUCGUUGCUUGGGAUCAUGUGUCGUUUCCUGGUAAUAAUUACUUCAAGGCAUCCAGAAAAACCGAUGAUGGCGUUUCGGCGGCGGCCACCAAUUCCAUGGAAGUCAUAACUGGAAUCAAAGGAAGAUACCAUAAAGGAGAUUACUUUCCACCCAAAGGGAACACAAAUUGGGAAGACGUAGUGAAUAAAAACCACAUCACUCUGCGAGCGAAAGAUAAUGUGAAAGUUGCUACGGCCGAUGGUUCAUUGAUUGAUCUAAAAGAAUGAUUAUGCGAAAAUUAUUUUGGAAUUCUUGAUGAUUUUUUUCCUCGUUAAAAUGUAUGUAAUACCGGAAUGAUUAAAGAAAUGUUGUUGUAGCUAAAAGAGAAAGAAAGAAAUAAUCAAGUUGUGAGAAUAAAUAUGUAUUUUUACUGUGUCAAACACACACUGGCAUCUUUUAUUUCUUUAAAUAAAUUGUUUGUAUUACUUUGUUAUCACAAAUUCGUAACUGUAUUAGUCACCAGAAUGUCAAUAUAGAAUAAAAAUUACGGGAAAGGCACUUUUAAUGUGUGAAGUUUGUACGCUGUAACAUUUGUGUUGAUCACUCGAUGAUUUAUUUAUUUUCCUAAGACCAACUUGUACAACUUAUUUCCUUCUUUAUUAUUUUAAAAAAGAGUUUAUUUUUUGCAGACCAAAUUGGAAACAGGUUCUGUGUAAUAUUUGCUAUAUAAUAUUAUAUUUAUUUGGAGCAGUUGGAAUAAAUCUUUUAAAACUAAUUAAA